CUCACCUGUCCCGGGCAGCCUGGCUCUGGGCACCGCCAGAAGCACCCACCCACCUUCGAUGAAAGGUCUCCGUGCCUGCUACCACCUCCUGGUGGAUCUGGAUGAGGACCUGCCCGUGGGAUGUGCUGAGCCAGCCGACGAGGGGCAGCCAGGCGGGGAAGAUGCGCCCGGGGCGCCUUCGCCCCCAGAGGAGCCCUGCAAGCUGCAGCUGAGUGGGCCCAGCAGCAUCUUGCAGGACAAGGAGAUCCAGGAGCUGGUGCCCCACCUGCCCCUCCGGCUGACCCAGCAGCCGUGGAGCCUGCUGUACUGCACCACGAGGGACGGGUUCAGCCUGAAGACCAUGUACCGCAGCAUGAACCACCUGAGCUCCCCUGUGCUGCUGCUCGUCAGAGACACUGAGGCGCAGGCUUUCGGUGCCUUCUGCGCCUCCACCAUUCGCGUGAGCAACCGCUUUUACGGCACCGGGGAAACGUUUCUCUUCUCCUUCUCCCCGGAGCUCAAGGUGUUCCCAUGGACGGGCAGGAACAGCUUCUUCAUGAAAGGAGACAUGGACCUGCUGAUGAUCGGCGGCGGCAGUGGUAAAUUUGGGCUGUGGCUGGAUGGAGAUCUGUACCACGGGGGGAGCCAUCCCUGCGAGACCUUCAACAAUGAGCCCCUCUCCCCACGGGAGGAAUUCUGCAUUCAGGCCCUGGAAGCUUGGGGCCCGGCCUGACCCCAGCUGCCUGUGUCCAGGACCAAGCUAUAAGGGGAUGCUUUCGAACUGGAUGUGUCCCACGCGGCUCCUGCUCCAGCGCCCUCGGAGCCUUCCGGGAGAGCGCUCAGGGGAAGGCCAGCACCAGCUGAACUGCCUUACCUCUGCCUCCCUGCACCCUGUCCCCACAAGCUGGUGUUUGUCCCCUUCUCUUGGGCUCUGUGCUCACAGCCCCAUGGCUGGCUGGGGGCAGCGCAACGGGGACAUGGCCCAGCGGGACCUUGGCCCCUGCAGUGCUGCUGCUUCCAUGCCAGGGCUCCCUGCAGCACCAGCCUUCCCCAGCAGCGUUGGACCACUCUGCCUGGCAGGGAAGACAGAGAGGCUCCUCUGUGUCCGGGCAGGGGGGGCGCGUGUUGCGGGACCAGGCAGCUCCAACCGCUGUUGUAUCUCUGGGAUUCCUGGAUGGCAGCGUUUGAAGAAAGCAGCGGGAAAAUUCAACAGCAGCCUGCCUUUGGCAGGGCACCCACAGGAGCCGCAUGCCGAGAACCUCCUGCACACCGUGCUGCGCAGGGGAAGGCACCCACGUGGCUGGAGGGUGCUAAGGUGACAACCCAUCAAUAAACAGCCAGAGCUGGGCAGACUGCUCUCCCAGGCUCGUCUCUGCUGUGUAAACAACUAAUAGCCCCGAGAAGCUUUUUCCAAGAAAGUAGCCCCAAGCAGGCGGAGAGUCAACUGCUGCCGUCCUGUUUCCCAGCUGGAGGGACACGCAUCCAAACCCUGGUCCCAGCACCAGACAGCAAAAGACCAAGGGCUAGUAUCUCAGCACUGUUUCUGGUGCUGCAACCCCCUUUGCAGCGGGAGCAAAGGAAAAGCACCCAACUCUAUCUCACUGUGUGGGGUCCCACUCAUGGGUCCAUGCUCUCGCAGAGUGGGUGCAAACCCUUCCUGAUCUCAGAACCCUCUUCCCAUUGAGUCCUCCUGGCCCUUCUGCCAAGCAGGAGCUGUUCUGAUCACCGCGCCAGGUGAUAAAGCCAGCCAUCUCCCCCACUCCAGACAUGACUAGCUCCUGUGGGGAUGCUCAGCACCCUCGGGGCACCCCAGCCCUCCAGCCUGGGACUCUGCCCUGCUGUCCCUGCAGACCUUGGACUCUCACCAUUUCAUCUCUGCUGUUGCAGUCCCAUGGCAUCACUGCACCCUGGCACAGGACUUGCUCCUUCUAUGCCUGCAGUCUAUCCACACCUGCACAAUCACAGCAAGGGUACCAAGGUGGUACAAGUUUUGGCUCCCCAGCCGUGGCCCCAGAAGUUGUCCCAGUCACUCCCCCCGCUCCAGGUGGAAUCAAAGCAGCAAGAGGAGACCACUGUGCAGCACUGUCUUUUCUCACUCACCCUUAACAGCACAGAGCAGGCUGUGCUGGUCACCAAGACUGCCUGGCCAAGCUGUAACCACCCUGGCCAUACCAUAUCCUACCUGUCUGCAGGCUGGCAGCAUGGCAAGGCAGCCACAGGAAGCUCUGUAGGGCCAGGCCUGAGGGAGCCCUGGCACAGUGUGUGCUGCUCCUGGCAGGCUGGAAAAAGGAGUGAAAACCAUCCUGUAUAAAAUUGAGAACCAGUGAGCAAAGCAGCUAUUGGAUAAAUCAAAGGAAAGAAAAUACAAAUUCCAAACAACUUGCUACUCUGAAAAUGACCAAGUUCAGGGCCUGGCUCUGGCAUGAGGAGGCCAAAGCUUUUGCUGCUCAAGCCAAAGAAUGAAUUAUCAUUUGGUGCCCAUCCUCUCCCUCUACAUUGGAGUCACAGACUCUUUCUAUCCCUCAGAUCACCUUCAGAGGACAAGGGCUCCAUCCCUGGAGAUGUCCAGGCUUUGCUAGACAACCCGACCUGGUUGGGCUGGCUCUCCAUAGGUCCCCUCCCACCAGUGUCUCUGUAGAUCCAUGACCUUUCCCAGGUUGAAGAUCGCCAGUUGUUGCUUUCUGGAAGCCACACCAGCCUUCAAGCUUCCUUGUUGUCCUCCUCUGAACUUCCUCAGCUCUGCUGUCUUCUUUCUGAGCAGAGGGAGCAGCCCCGCACACGGCAUUCAAGGCAGGGGUGACCCAGGGUUUCCAUGGCAGGACAAUGGUGUUCCUGGUUUGGCCUCUCACACCUUCCUUGUAAUUCCUGACACGUAACUUGCUUUUUUUGAGAGUGUGGCUGGGCACUGAGCUGAAGCAUUUGCUACUACUCCACAAGCUCACAUGUGGUCAACUGUGACCCUAACUGCGUAAUUUUAUGUGUGAAACUUUGAUCCCACCCAUUCCCCAGAUUGCACUACUUUAUAUAUUUCUGCAUUGAAUUUCACCAGCCAUUUCACUGCCCACUCAGUCUUCCAUGCCUCCUCUGAGAUGCUCCUCUCUUUCUUCACAGCGCUUUGCUACUCACUCCUUUUCCAAAGCCAUUUAUUAAUAACGUGAACAGUCCCAGCCAGGCUGUGCCAGUGGCUACCCUCCAUUAGAGGAGCUGACCCCUUCCCUCCUUCUUCCCCCUUGCUCACUCUCCAACCAAAAGAUGCUCUCUCUCUCACGCUCAAACCACUCGGUGUGCUUUGAUUUCCCAGCCACAAACAGCCUUGCACAUGGCAUCCAACACUAGCAUCACUAGGCGGCUGGGCCAUGGAAGGAGAUGGUGGGUGUUUUCUCACAUGGGGCUCCUGGACACUCAGCAGCACAUGCCAGGAGACACUGAUCCAUGCUCAGCCAUUCAGCGGUGGCCAGCCUACCGUGCACUUUUGGCAUCUAACAUCACCCACCAAAACCAGGCUAGAACACAGCACCACCUCCAUCGGGGAGCAGAGUUGUACCACGCUGUGCCCGUUCAUCCUCCUCGCAGAGUCCAGUUCAGGUGCGAUUCCUACUCCAUUAAAAUACCCCACAAGAUUAACUGGAAGCACACAGCACGGCCAGCUCAGAGGCAUCACCGACUUAAUGAGAGCCCACAAAUGCUUUUCUCCUGAUACACAGCAUGGGUUCCCUGAUACAAAGGUAGAUCAGCCCUGUCCAGCUCUUCUUUUCACAGCCAUGGAGAUAGUUGUGGAUAGAGCCCCAGGAGGCACAGGAGCAAGGCCCAGGUCUGCUGCUGCCCUGAGGAAAAGCAUCAUGAACAGCAACGGGACCCUGCCAGACCACCACCUCCAUACAAAACUGCAGCUAACGCAUGACCUUCAGUGCUUGCUUGGGCAGCAGCAAGAAAUCACUGUGUCUGGCACUGAGGAAUCACAGGAGGAUUUUAUUGAAGCACAAACUGAAAGAAUGCAGAGCUCUCAUCCACUGAAACACAAUGAGCCCAGAACUAUUUAAAAUUGCCAAGGUCCUUGGGCAGAACUGGCCCUACAGUAACCCUGCCAGCAUGCCGAUUGCAUCUCUGGCAGUCCACUGCUGUUCACAAGGAAAAUGUGCUCUCCUUGGCCUGGGUGAUCCCAGUGCGGCAGAAGCAGCAAUCGAUGCAGGCUCAGUGCAUGUAUCUGCUGUCUGGAAAAUGUCAAGAGAAUGCUAUGCACUAUAGUACUAAAACACACUGGGCAAAUUGAUGGUUACUGAGGCAUGGUGAGAAAUUGCCCUAUCUUUCACUGUACAAAGUUUUGAACACGCUAAAACAAAACUGCUUUCAAAAUCAGUUCCAUUUGGCUUGUGGUAAGAGUAGGCUCAAAGGGAGGUGCUGAAAAUGUCAUGUCAGUUUAGCAGCUCAGAGUGGCAAUGUUGUGAUCUCCCUGAUCAGGGCAAGGUCCCCAAAUGAUGGGAGGAAAUGUAAAUAGCUUCACAAGAGAACACCAAAGUUCCCAUGGCAGGACACUACCACAAAUAUCUGAUCAAAAAUACUGCAAGUCCCUAGGCUGUGUCUACAUGUAUUGCUGAGAGAUUGGCUCCUGCUUGGCUAACUUCACAUUUCAUGGUACUCAGCAUGCUCAGAACAGUAAUUUCUCUCUUCACCAUCACUGCCUGCAGUGACAGGUUGGGCCAGCAUGCCCACUGUACUGAUGCAUGCUACAACAUCUGUCAAAGGCCACUAAAGAAGAGAACAAAUUGGACUGUAACAGGAUCUUUACCAAGAGAUUAAUGCCAUCAGGGUAGCCAGGCAGCUUUCAAGAUGCAAAUUCAGAUUUCAUUCUCAAGUGGAAAGCCAAACCCUCAUCUCUCCCUACUGUGAACAGCAUUCCUGCAGCUGAACAACCAAACUCACUGCUGGAGCAAAGCUAGCGCAGCACAGAGCUAGCAAGAGAGUGCGUGGGCUGCUGAAAAGGAUAAAGGCCAUCACAAAACACACUGAAGAAAGGCUACAAGAAAGCUCUAAAGCUUGGGGAGCCCCAAUGGGCCAUGCUUCUUUACAUGCCUUUACAGCACUGCCUCACAAACUCUCCCCACUCCAUCAAGGUUUCCAGCACAUCUUCCAUGACUUCAGGCUGAUUUCAAUUUCUACCAGUAAUGCUGGCAUAAGGACGGUCAUAGUUAUGCUGGUGACAGUCAUUUCACCUACACCUUUCCUCUUUUCCCCUUCACAAUAGCUGGACAACCUGACCACUAUGAUGGAUAAUAAUGCAGGAUGUGACUGACCACAGCUAUUGCACAGUAAGCUGACUUUAUCUCAACACAAAAGGGACUGGAGGGUGGCCUCUGUUUUCGAUAAACAGCUACGUCAGUGGCUCAGCCGGUGUAAAUGUUUCUCCCUCAAGUUCAUCAGAAGAGCGUGAAUGUCCUCCUGAGUUAGCCAGACCAGAGUGAGAGGAAGCGCAUACGUGGCUCGGCCCAACAGAGUAUAAAAACUGAACUAACAAAAGAAUUUUGAAAUGAGUAAUGGGCUUGAGCUGGUUUCAACCCACAUAUUCCUUCGCAGGGACUGGGGACACCCAGCAUCAUAUGUGGUAUAUAUUAUAGAGACCGGUAACGGGGAUCACACUUGUAUUGUGACUGAACUGUAUAUUGCAAUUGAACUGUAUACUGCAAUUGCUAUAUUUUGCUAAGUGUAACUUACACUUGUAUUGUGAUUUCAGUAUGUUGCUGUACCACUCUGCUAAAUCAAAAAUGCCAUGCAACUUCAAAUAUCUUCAAAUAAGUACAUUUUGAUAUUAAACAUUACGCUCUCCAUGUGUAGAAUAUCUAAAAGAACCUGGUCAGAGAGCAUGGGACUCUGACCCCCCCCCAUACACACACACUGUGGUAUCUUUCAGCUGAACGGGCUCCCUUUCAAUUACUAUUUGCACUGUAUUUGAGUGAAUGAAAAUUAAGAAACCAUAUCAAAGAGCUGGAAGAUCUGGUAGAGGCACAAGCAGCACCUCCACAGAACUGCAUUUGUCUUCUAGAAGUACAUUUGGUUGUUAGACAUUUGUAACUACCCAGUAAGAC